UGGGAUAAAUACGAAAUGGCAACUACGCAGAAGUAGCGAGCGGCGUCAGACUACAUAAAGGCGCAGCAACAGCGUCUGCAACAUCAGUCACUGAACUUACCCUCUUCUGUUGCAAGCAAGACGAACACUGAGCACGAUGUCUUCCCUACGAGCUGUUCUGGUCGUCGUGGCCCUGAUCGCCCUCGUGUCCGUGGCCUUCGCGAUGCCAGGCUACGGAGGCUACGUCAGGCCGUCCUACCACGGCUCAUCCCACGGCUUCCACGGCUCAUCCCUCGGCUUCCACGGCUCCUCCCACGGCUCCCACGGCUCCUACGGCUCCGUCGGCUACGGCCGACCCUCCUACGGAUACAACAGGCCUUACGGACAUCACGGGUGAGGCAGCGGACGCGGACGCCAGACCGAGGGAGGCGCUGGCGAUUCCUCAAGAGCAGCAGGACGAUUCUGACAGGAAUCAAGGAAGCUUAAGAAGAGCGAUGGAAACAUCUGGCAUGAUUGGCGGCUGUUAAUGCGUUGUUUAAUAUAUGAUUAUUGUGUAUGUGUGUGUGUUUGUUAUUUUUUAAAGAAAAUACUGAAUUAGGUAAUUCUGUUAUCCAAGGAAAUUUACCAAAGUGACGAUGCUUCCUAAUAAAGAAGUAGAAAGAU